AUGUCCAAGGGCGCACUGGCGCAGCGAAUUGAGGCGUUGGAAGCGCAUCUUUCUGCCAUCACUGAAGGGUUACCAUCUACCAGCCGAGAGCAGCCUGUUGGAUCGCCAGCGGGUACACCGUGUGCGCUUGAAGAACAGACCGAGGCAGAACCUAGCGAGAAAAGCAAGGCUAGCGCAUACUUUGGCCCUUCAUCCGGCGUGACCCUUACGGAGAACUUAAGUUCUAUUGUGGAGGAUGCUGCCUGGACCAAUAGAUCGAUUCCGAUUCAUGAUACUGAACAUCAGGAACCACCAUCGCCGGCUCCCACGGCUGAACAGGGCAAGGCUGUACCGCCUGACGAUACGGUCGGGAGGCAGCUCCUUGACGCAUACUUCGUUAACAUGCACACGCGGCUACCAUUUAUCAACUGCGCGGAGAUUCUUCAACUACAUUCUAGGCGAUACGAUGCGCCCGGCGCCGGCCAGAAAGAGCAAUACGGAAUGUUCAAGCUAUUCAUGAUAUAUGCCAUUGGAGCAGCGAUGCUACAACUCACUGAACAGUAUGAGUCGACAACGCCCAGCGCAUAUUUUGCUACUGCCAUGCAAUUCGAUAGUGCGCUGCGAGAGUCUCUGUCUGUCACAGGCAUCGAAGGGCGCAUGUUGGUGAUCAUAUACGAGUUACGAUCGAGCUCGAGCUCAAGUCUGUGGUACACCAUCGGCAUGGCGAUGCGAAUAUGUAUAGACCUGGGUAUGCACCGCGAACCACACUACAGGACAAUGAAGCCACUAGAGGCACAGUUGCGCCGAAGGCUAUUCUGGAGCGUAUACGUGAUCGAGCGACAUGUGUCAUGGUCCCUGGGACGGCCAUUCAGUAUAGCAGAGGAUGAAAUCGACGCGCAGAUUCCGGCUGAUACCGAUGACCUGACCAGCAGGUAUGCUGGGGUAGAACAGGACAGGAGUGAGUUGUCUUUGGGUAUUGGAGAUGGGGCGACUAUACCGGCCAUCAGACGGUUUAUUGCGACAGUACACUUGCAACGGAUCAUGUCCCGCACUCAUACCAAAAUUUACCGCGUGGACAAAAACAUGUCUGCUUUGAUUCAGGAACUAUCUCCAUUGCUGGCCUCGCUAGAGGAGUACAAAAGGGGUUUACCUCCCUUACAACCCCAUGAUAACGACUUCAUCCAAAUGCACUGGAAUAACUGUGUUCGUGCGCUUCUGCAACCAUUUCUGAGUAUACUCAAUCCAGAAGAUGACCUCAUCAGAACAUGCUUACAUGUAUCGGGGCAAAUGUGCCAAUUGUUUAAGCGUUCGCAGCAAAAGGGUCUGUCCGGGUACUCUUUCCUUUUGUCAAAUUCGGUCUAUAUUGCCGGACUCACAAUGUGUUUCUGUUUGUUUCGAUCUCCACGUUUAUGGAGCACGAGCGUGGCAAAUGAUCUCCGUGCGUGCUCGUCCGCCAUGUUUGCUAUGGCUGAGCGGAAAUCUAGUUUCAGGAAAUACCGUGACGACCUGGAGAAUAUGAUCAACCGAGUUAUGGCCUUUGUCGAUGAGGUGUCGACCCAUAGUUCGUGUAUACCAGAACAGCCAGCACCAGGCGCGGAUGGAUCAUCAGGGCUUCAUUUCCCCAAUCUUGAGAAUUCCAAGGAUCCCGUGGCAAGCACACUCGAUCUGCAGAGUGCAGCAUUUAUAGAAGCUCAAGAGCAAGAAGAUUCUCUUGAUGCGCGAAAUCCAUUCGCAGGUGCGUCCUUAGAAGACUUCUGGGCUGGCGAGAGUCUUAAUCUCCCUACGUUGGAUGUGUUUGGUUUUGGUUGGGAUAACUUCGAUUCAGAGCAAUGA